AAAAAAGUGGCUUUUGGUUGCUAAAUGUUCCACUUUCUUCACCAGAUAGUUGCUAACUGUGCCUAUCUGCUGUUUGGUGGUAUACAGUGGGUUUAUCAGAGCUUGUUGCUGGUGGAAACUAGGUUGAUAAGAGUGUUGAGAAAACCAUACAGUAAGUACCAUAAAGCAAAACAAAUGAGCUAAAACAGGCUUAAACACUUAGCAUCAUAUAUUGAUUGAUGUGUUUAAAAACAAGUUAACAGAGUGGGCAAAUAAAACAUGCUGCUGGUCAUGCAGCAAGUGUCACUAAGUCAUGUCAGUGAAGAGAGCAAGUACUAUACCAAAACCCUGAAACUGAAGCAGUUAAAUAUAAUUCAGCAAUCAUUCAUUUCAUAAUUUACACCUGGGCUUUUCUUACUGUCAUGUCAAAAUGCAAAUCUGCAAUUAGUUAAACAUCAUCAAAUGUUGAGCCUGGAGCCUUCAGUUCCCCUUACGGUCUGGGGGCCUAAUGGGUAGUUCUCUCCUCUAUAUAGUGACAUUGUCAUUCUGUCUUAACAGCAGAGCUGGAGAUCAAGUAUGUCAUAUUGUAUAUUUCAUUUCAGCUGUUAACAGUUUAGUCUGGUUUAAAUUGGUCUCGUUCAUUAUUUUUGAUUACAGCCUACCGUUACACCGCAUUUAUUCAUAGUGCUGUUUUUAUCGUCCUUCAGUCUGCAGCAGUGGCUGCUGUACGCCACAGGGGGAGCACUAACAGUCUGUGCUGCAAUUCCUUCCAGUGAAGAAGACGUGGGAGCCACAACAAUAACACACAGCUAGCUACACUGAGAAGAACAUCUACGAAAUGUCCCGUUUUUAGGUCAUAAACCCUAUUUUACCACAUAUAAGCAUAACAUUUCCGCGACUAUUCCUAAACAAAUCUGCAAAGAGGUAAAUUCAGGCGCCAUGUUGUGUUGUUUACAGAAAUAACAUGCUAUCGUUGUUGUGACGCGCAGGCAAUAUACGCUAACAAGGUCUAUCGAAGCUUGCUCACACCCCGUCCGGUUCUCUUUUUCAGUUUUCAGUUUAAUGUCACUGGUGUCUGGUACCGUGCGCAGACAUGGAGAGCUUGUACAAGCGGAAAAUGUUCGCUUCGAUGCGGAAAACCAAGGUGGACGCAUCGAAGAAACGGCAAAUCGGCCUGCCCGCUUCGGUCCUGGACGACACUGACGAAGGCUCCUUCUCCUCUUCCUCCUCCGGAUCCCAAUCCGACUUCCAGAGCUCCCCGGAGGAAGACAGCGAGCAGGAAGACCGUGGCCGGAGCGAUUCCGGGGCGACUUCAAGCGAUGACAGCCGCUCCGUGACCCGCAGAAAGCGCUCGUUCCUGGGAGACGACAACAGCUCCUCGUCCUCCAGUCCCGGGGAGGAGGACACAACUAAUGAUGAGGAGUGUGACAGGAGCCAACCGAAGAGAAUGGUGCCGCCUAAGAAGCGGACUAGGCUGCAGCGGCAGGACGAGUCGGACUCGGACCAUGCGGAGGAGAAGCAGAGAGAGGAGGAGGAGAAGGCGAAGAGGAGACAGAGACACAACAAGCUGCUGGCACUGUCACGGAGGAUGAAGGCCCGGGUCCCGAGUCGGAGGAGGAGCCGCCUAAAGCAGGGUGCAGGCGAUGAGGAAGAGUUCAAAGAAGGGGAGGAUGAGGCUGGUGGUGAUGGAGGUGGAAGAGAAAAUGGCAACAAUAAACAGGCUGCAGCAGGUGAUGAAGGAGGCAGAGAGGAGGAAAAUGACACGGAAGAAGAAGAAGAAGAAGAGGAAGAGGAAGAAGAGGAAGAGGAAGACAAGGGGAAGAAGUAGAUCCACUACAUGAUAGAGAACAGAGAAGGGGUUUGAAUGUUAAGAACUAAACCAUCUGAAAAUGACUCAUUACUGUUAGUUUGUACAGUUUUUCUUUCUCCUGCAUCAUUUAAAGUGGAAAACAAAAACACCAAGUACUGGAGUUACAUGUUUUCACUGUCAUAUUUUGUUGCUAUAGAAACAGACAUUGGCAACAUGUAACAAAAUAGAUGUGCAGAUGAUUUGGACAGCCUAAUGGGCCUGUUAUGAAAUGUAUUUUGUGAAGGAAGAAGCUGAGAAAAGUGGCUCAUGAAUAUGUCACUCCUGCUUCAGUAUCAUAUGAUAAUUAUAUUAUUGCUCAUCUACUGACGUAUGUCAUGUCAGUUUUCUUUUUAUAUCCCAAAGCCAGAUGUUGAUGCCAGAUUAACAGACACCCAUGUUCCAUUGACAGGUGUGACUAAACACCGGCAGGUAUAAUGUAAGGCUGCUGAUAAUGUGAACUUUCUACCACAGUUUUCAAAACCACGAGAACAACAACAAAUUGACAAAUGGUUUUGUCACACUACUUCUCCCAAAGACAAUAAUUAACUUUCACGCUCAAACGAAUGACAUACUGUUUAUAACAUGCAUAUGCCAAUAGAUCAGCAGCAGCAUACCAAUAAUCAUCAGUGGCAUACCCCUCAGGAUGGCAGAUGCCAUCAUCCACUUUUUGAUGUCAGGGCUGAUUUGAGAAGACAUUCCUCCACAGAGGCUUUACAUUUAGCGCAUCUUGUGUUACUGCUGGAGGAAGGUACCGCAGCUCAGUACACAUGCUGAGGACACUGGGCUGAAGAAAUGUUCCUUUUAUUUUAUUUAAGUCAAAGAGAGCAUUGCUAUCAGAAACAUCUAAUCAGAAGGCUUCAAGCUCUUGUUUAGUUCUUGACUGCAGUGACAAGCGAUCUGAAUAUGAUUCUGAUUUCACAGGUGUGGAUGGAGAAUGGCUGCUGAGGCUUCUGGGUACUGCAGUCUUCAGAGACAUUCAAUAUACCCAGCAGACAGUUCUCAUAUUCUUCUUCUUUUUUUGUUGUUGUUAAAACGAGAUUAAUUCGCAUUCUGUUCCUGCAAUGCAGACUUUAAAAAAAUAUAUAAUUUGUGAUGAAUCCACUGAACCGCCUUGCCUAUAGCAGAUGAUUUAGACUGAAUAAUUUCAGACACAAAAUUAAACACUGUACAUUUUAUUGUACAGUAGCCUUUUACUUUUUUUUUUACAGUUGGAAGGCAGUGUUUGCAAAAAUGUCUGUAUUUUAUGGCUGUUUUGUCCAUCUUUUCCGUGAGUUAUAAGGACAUUUGAAUAGCUCAGAUUGCAGCUUCCCCAGUGGAAAAAUCUUCUGCUUUUCUCUGUUUUAUAUUAUUGUAAACUGAAUAUGUUUGGGUUUUGGACAAUUGGUUGGACAAAAGAAAAUAUUUGAAGAGCAAAAACAAUUAUUUGAAAGAAUAGUUUACAGAGGAAUUGAUAAUGGGAAUAAUACUUUGUUGCAGUCCUAGGUUAAUUCCCAAACUUUCUGAAAACGCCCAGAGUGUUUGUUUGACUUGAGCUUUGAUAAACCUCGACAGUGCUUUUGGAACAGCAUAUAGUAAAGACAAUUCACCGGUUUUAUCCAGAGUUUUCAGCUGCUUGUCACACUCUUGAAUUGAUUGAGCUGGUUCAGUUGUUUUAGACUUGACUUCUCCGUUAUAGAAGUAAAGUCGAGCACAUUAUAAAACAACCCACGUUGACCAAUGUGCAGUACAGACCAGAGAAGGGAAGCUUACACAACACACUAGUUUGGUCAUUAUUCAAAGAAGGCGUUGGAUGUGAAUGUCGAUGACCUUUGAUUCCUUCCAUGUUGAUGCUGUGAAUGGUUAUGGUCUGUUGUUCACAGACUGGUCAUGACCCGGUCAGACUAUGAGGUUGACUGACAGCUCUGAAUACCAAAGAUGGUGUGUUUAAUGCAAAGAAAAGACAUAAAAAUAGCUGAAAGAUAAUCUAAGCGUUCAGAGGUAUUUCUAAUCAACCCCACAGAUCCCAAAACCUUUAUUCACAUAAUUCAAUAUUUUUCAUUAAAACGUUAUUACAGCUUACCAGAACGAUGGACAUAACUAUCAAAAUAAGAUUCAGACUAAAAUAAACAAAAGGUUAUUUUUUGUAGACGUCAUCAGAGAUUCUGGACAUUUCUCCUGAAUGCAGAAAAUGGAUUGUAGUUUGCUUUUUGCACUUGCUGAGGGCAUUUAAUUCAUCUUAAUGCUAACAGAAGAAGAACUACAGUGUUUCCUGUAUAUAGAAUUAAUUUGGGCGGCCCUCCUAAAAACUUCUUUUGUACUUUUCUAUUUAUUUAUUUAUUUAAAAUCUGUUACAUUGCUGCAUUCAUGUGCUAAUGUAUAAAUUGGACAAAUAAAGUUCAUAGUCAGAAAUGUA